CAUGCCGACGCGCCUGCUCGUUGCGCAUGGCGAGGGCGAGCUCAUCUUCUUCGUCGCACGCCACCCUCGCACGUCAGACCCGAUGAUGCUCGGCCGGCGCGCCGACUCUGCGAUCCUCGAAGUCCACCGGCACGUGCCUCCAAAGGCGGCAAAGGCGUCGUGGCUGGUGGCGGGGCUGGAGCAGGUCGUGCAGGACGGCGCGCUGUACUUGGCCACGCCGAUCGACCCCCUCCUCCUCCUCCUCCCGCUGCUCGAGCGCGCGCGCGGCGGCGCCAGCAGCCUCAAGCGCGAGUCCAGCGCCGGCCUGUACAAGCCGCUCUCCGAGGCGUUUGGCGGCGACGAGGCGGGGCUCGAGCAGCAUCUCACGCGCCUGAGCGGUCUCAGCGAGCGGCUUCGCGCCAUCUGCGACGUCAACGACAAGUAUGGCGAGCCGAUGGUACGGCUGAGCGACCCGCUCGUGCUCGGCUGGCUGCGGCGCAAGGCGGAGGCGGUUGCGGCGCACCUGCGUGCGCACGCGGCGGAGCAGCAGGCGGCGGGCGCGACCGCCGGCGCGGCGGGCCGCGCGAUGACGCAGUUCGAUUGCGAGGGCGACGAGGCGGGGGCGCCCGCCGCCGCUGCGCACGACGCGGCCCUCGCGACGGCGUGCCACCUUGUGGGUGAGUAUCUGCCCGACGGCUGGGCGGCGCGGCUGUGCGCGUCGCUCGACGUGCCAGAGGCGGCCGAGGCGGCCGCUGCCGAGGAGACCGCGCCGCCGCCCGCGGCGAGCCAUUCGUCCUCGUCCGAGUCCUUCGCGCCGGCUGCCAAGGAGGAGCGGCGGCCAGACAAGCCGGCCGCUGCCAAGAAGCCGAAAGUGGCCGAGCCGCUCAAGAAGGGCCAAAAGACUAUGGGUGCCUUCUUCAUGAAGAAGGGCUGAGCGCGGGGCCGGACCGACGCGCAGCGCAUC